AUGAUGAGCUGUGUUACAAACAAUAUUAUAGUUUCUAUAAUUUUUGGUCUGAGCUGGAUAGCUGAGAGCAGCGGAGAUCGCAUAAACUAUGUAACCUCAGCGGAGGAGAGGAUGAACCUGCUGCAAAAAGAUAGAGAACUCAUCAUCGUGCUCGACAGUUACGCAACUGAGCUGAAUGAUAAAAUCAUCAUGCUGAAAAGAAUAGUUAAAGAGUUGAAACAACCUUUAAAAAAGGCUAGGAAAAGGGAGGAGGAGUACUUGUCCCAUCCCAUAAACAGGCUAUCACUCAUGCGUCAGAUGCACGAGGAUUGGGAACCGCUGGAGAAGCUCUUGAAGCAGCCAGUGGGGCAAGAGAAACUGGCAUUAAUCGAGAAAAUGCGAGAGGAGCUCCCAGUGGAAAGCGAUCUGGUUGAGGCCAAUCAAGCCCUGUUUCGCAUAGUACACACAUAUGACUUGGAGCCCAAGGAUGUGUCCACAGGACUGGUUGAUGGAGUUCAAUACAGUGGCAAGAUGUCUGCUGGUGAUUGCUUCACCAUGGGAACGUUCUCCUUCAAGGCGGGUAGCUACCAAACAGCAUCCAAGUGGCUGAGUGCAGCCAAGGAUUUGCUGGUGAAUCAGCCACGUAGAUACCAUGAAGUGAUCGGGGUCACCAAGGCGGAUGUUACAUUGCUGCUUGCUCGCUCUCUCAUAGCCAGUGGCAAUAUAUCCAACGCACGGGAAAUGCUGAUGCGGGAUUCCAUGUUUGGUGAAGCUGGCAAUGCACUUGCUCUCCACUUUCUGAGAAACCCGCCAAAGCCGAGUAUCAACUUGGAGUCCUGUGAAUCGGGAGAAUCCUUUAAUCUGCUUUGUAGAUCCGUGAGCAGAAGACAAGCGAGUGAAUCCAAGCCCUCGAGGCUUCAGUGUCGCUACAAUGCCACUACUACGUCCUUCUUGAGAUUGGCUCCCCUUCGAAUGGAGGAACUUUCUCUGCAUCCGUAUGUGGUUCUUUAUCACAAUGUGCUAAGUGAUCCUGAGAUCGAGAAGCUGCAGCUGAUGAGUGAGCCAUUCCUAGAGCGUGCGAAGGUGUUUCGAGUGGAAAAGGGCUCUGAUGAAGUAGGUGCCAGUAGAGCCGCUGAUGGCGCGUGGCUUCCACACCAAGAAACCGAGCCUGAAGAUCUCCAGAUCUUGAACCGCAUUGGACGCAGAAUCGGAGACAUUACGGGUCUAAGUACUCGCAGUUGAAGGCAAAUGCAGCUCCUAAAGUACGGCUUUGGUGGUCAUUUCGCACCGCAUUUCGACUAUUUCGACUCUAAAACUUUCUAUUUGGAGAUGGUGGGCGAUCGCAUCGCCACGGUUCUCUUCUAUCUUAACAACGUUGAACAUGGUGGAGCCACAGUUUUUCCCAGCAUAAACCUGGCUGUGCCAACCCAAAGAGGUUCGGCAUUAUUUUGGCACAAUCUGGAUGGACAGUCCUACGACUAUGAUACACGCACUUUCCAUGGCGCCUGUCCUCUUAUAUCUGGCACUAAGUUGGUAAUGACACGCUGGAUUUAUGAAUUGGAUCAAAUGCUUCUUAUGCCCGCAGUACUUCCUCCUCGCAGUCGCAACUUCAGCAGAUCACUUCGCAAUCAAAACUAGUUUUAGGACUAACAUUUCAUUAUUUAAUAAAUUUAUUUACCACCUAAGUA